AUGUCACUGAACUAUGCAUUCAGCUUUUCAGUGUUUCUUUUGGUGCUUGUAGUUUUAAAUAUAUAUUUUUUCUACACACUAAAUACUAUUAAUAAAAAAUCCCCUAAAUUUAAUGUUCCAAAGCUCAGAGUUGACCUUACUACAAAUGUGUUUCAAGACAUUUAUGAAUAUCUUAAUUAUUUACCAAAUCAAUAUAAAAACAAAAACUCCAAAUUUAUGUCUAUACAAAAGAAACUAAUUAAUUCUUUUAACACAAGUAGAGUAACAAAUCCAGCACAUGCACAACAUACUUGGGUUGAAGUUGAUAAUUGGGUCAGUAAUAUAUCACUAUUUCCUCAUGAGGAUGGUAUUGGUGGAAAAAUGCUUCAUGCUCUACAAUCCACACCGAUAGCACUGGUGGAUAAUGCACCUAAAGGAACCCAGUUAAAACUGUUACUUCUCCUGGAAGGCAACCAAAAACUGUACUUCAAGCCAAAGAGAUAUAAUUUAGAACAUGUAAUUAAUGGGAAAAUCUAUGCUGGCUUUGACCGUCAUAAUUCUGAAGUUUUUGCAUACUACUUGGCAAUGGUUUUGAAUUUUAAAUGGAUACCUCCCUCUGUGAUAAGAAAAGUACACUUGGAUAAUGAUAUUUUGCCAGUUGCAACAUCUGGAUUAAGAAAAACAAUGUUAAAAAAUAGUAAAGGCACCUUAUGUAUUUAUGGUAAAUGUUUUUACUGUAAAAUAAAUGAAACAGUGUGUCCGGAUGAUAAUGGUGAAGUAGAAGGUGCUGCAAUAUUGUACUUAGAUAAACAGUUAAAGGUGUACAAGUCACCAUGGCGGAGAUCAUAUAAUGCAAAGAAAAUGGAAUGGGAAAUUGACAGUGAUUUUUGUGUGAAAAUUAGGGGUAGUCUAAGUACAAGACAUCUUCUUAAUCUUAUAGAAGUAUCAUUAUUUGAUUUUUUAAUCCAGAAUGGUGAUCGCCAUCGAUAUGAAGUUUAUAAAGAGCAAAUCAUAUUGUUAGAUAAUGGAAAAGGUCUGGGAAACCCACUUGUAGAUGAGCUAGACAUUUUAGCUCCUCUUUACCAGUGUUGCAUGCUUCCUACAUCCACCUGGCAACAUUUGGAAAUAUUAUCUGGGGGCAACCUAUCAGACACAAUUAAGCUGUUAUCUAAAUUUCAAGGUAUAAAGUUGGCAACAGAGGAACACUUUAAAGCUAUUGAAAGGAGAUUAUUAAAAAUAUAUGCAACAGUCCAAUAUUGUAUAGGAAGAUAUGGUAGUUCUAAAGUAUUUAGAAGUGGUUUUUAG